GUGCAGGCCCGGCUGGAGGAGGCGUUGGUGGCGCUGGAGCGGGAGCGGGCGGCGGUGGGGGAGCUGAGGCGGAGGUGUCAUGCGGCGGAGGCGGCGGAGGCGGAGGCGCUGAGAGGGCUGGAGGAGCUGGCUGCCAGGCUGGAGUCGGAGCAGCAGCAGGAGGUGACGCGGAACCAGCUGGCAGGCAGUUUCUGCCUCCUGCGCGCCGCGUUGGGGCUCUGGGCUGCCAACACGCGUCGCUCCCAGCGGCAUCAGAUCCGGUUGGAGGUGGCGGCGGACGCCAACCGCCGCCGCGUGUGUCGUACGGCGCUCCGUCACUGGCACGUGGCGGUGGUUCGAACACGGGUGUUGCGCGGCAUGGUGCAUGCGCAGCAGGAGGCGGUGAAGCGGCGUGUGCUGGCGGGGUUGAAGGCGCAGACGCUGGAGGGGAGGCGCAAGGACCGCGUCAACUCCAUUGCCGCGUCCCACUUCGCGGGCCGCCGCCUCAGCCGCUGCUUCGGCGCCUGGCUGCAUCUGCACCGCUCCUACGUUGCCGCGGCGGCGUACGUGGACUGCGAUGUGCUGCGGCGGGCGGCGGUGCAGCACUGCCGGGGGGUGUUGCGGAGGGCGCUGGGGGGCUGGCACCGGCGGGUGCACUGCGACCUGCUGCCCCGGACGCUGCAGUCGCGACGUGCGGUGCGAGCCUACCGCCGACUGCUGCUGCGCCGCGGCAUGGCGGCCUUCCGACAGCUGGUCAAGCGGCGGGGCAGCAAGCGAACGCUGGUGCAGCGAGCCAUGCGCAGGUACCGUGUCUCCCUGCUGCAACGCGCCCUGGCCGCCUGGCGCACCUUCCUGGCCGCAGCCCGCCGCAAGCGCUCGCUGCGGGCGGCAGCCGACCUGCAGUACGGGCACUCGGUCGUGCAGCGGUGGCGGCGGGCGGCGGCACGCAACAAGACGUUGAGACUGGGCGUGGCGGCGCUGCAGGCUAGCUCCGGCACCCGCCGUCUGCGCGCCUGCCUGGCCCGCUGGCGCUCCUUCCUGCUGCGGCGGCGGCAGUCCGCGCUGGCUGGGCGGCUCGCGGCGGAGCACUGGCGCGGCCGGCAGCUGUGGCGCUGCAUGUGCGGGUGGCUGCAAGCGGCGCAGGCGGCGGCGGCGCGGCAGCUGCACGUGAGCGGUAUGCGGGAGUACCAGCGCAUGAUGCAGGCUGCUCUGCGCUGGCAGCGGCUGGUGGAGGUCACCCGCCGGCGUCAGGCGGUGGUGGACCGCGCAGUGCGACUGUACCGGCACCGGGUGCUGCAAGGGACCCAGCGGGCGGUGCUGCGGAGCUGGCGGGCGGAGGUGGAGGCGCGGCGGGCGGUGCAGCGGUCGGCGGCGAUUGGGUUCGUGGAGGCGUUUCUGGCGAUAUGGAGGAGGCGGCUGCUGGCCGCAUGGCACAGGGAGGCUCGUCGCUCGGCUCUGGAGCGGGGCAGGGCCACCGCUGCCGAGUUGCGGGCCCAGCUGGCGGGCUGCGAGGGGGCGCUGCGGCAGGCGGGGUGCAGGCUGGAGGCACUGGGGGCGGACAGCGCACGGCUGCAGGAGCAGCUAGCGCAGGCCCAGUCCGACGUGUUGGUGCUACGGCAGCAGUGCGAGGAGGGCGAGCGGCGGCUGGCGGAUAGCUGCAGCCGCCUGAUCGAGCUGGAGGCCAGCAUGGAGUCCCGCGCUGCCGACCUGGCUGCUCGCUCCGCCGAGGCAGCCGUGCUGGGGGCGGAGCGGGACGCCUUGCAGCGGGAGCUGGGGGCGCUGCGGGCGCAGGUGCAGGGCCGGGAGUGCGCGGUGGCGGCGCUGCAGGAGCAGGUGACGGAGCUGCAGCGGACGGCGGCGGCGGCGCAGGCGACCGUGAGGGAGCUGGGGCUGCAGAUGCAGCAGCAGGCUGCCCACUACGAGGAGCAGCUGCUGGCGGUGCGGGAUGAGGCGGCGCUGGCUCGCCGGGAGGCGGACAGCAUGGCGGCGGCGGCAGCUCGGCUGGAGGCGGCGGCGGCGGAGGGGGAGGCGCAGCUGCGGGCGGCGCGGGCGAGCCAUGAGAGCCUGGUGUCGGGGCUGCGGCAGGAGCUGAGGUCGCGUGAGGCGCACAUCAUGGCGCUCAGCAGCCAGCAGCCGCUCAGCCUGCAGCAGAUGCAACACCAGCAGCAGAUGCAGCUGAAGGCGGCAGCAGCAGCAGCAGCAGCAGCCCACCGGCCGCGCUCGCCUUCCGCCUCGUCUUCCCCGUCCUCCUCUGGACGGCCAGGACAGCCUCGCAUGGGAGGUAUUGGUGCCGGUGGUGCGGCUGCGGGUGAGACGGCGGCGACGGGGGCGGCGGCGGCGGCUGCCGCCCCGGGGAGACCUCGUCGCGCCUCCUGGGCUUCUAGCGGUGACGGCGGCUGCACGACGGCAGAGGCAGCCGCGGUGGAUGAGGCACAACAACAAGGACGAGCGGCGGCGGCGGCCGCAGCUGCAGCUGCAGCCGCGAGCGCUUCAACCGGCACCGGCAACACCACCUACAGCAGCAUCAGCAUCAGCCCCCGCAAACCUGCGCCCGCAACCUUCGCAGUCCCCACCGCAGCACCUCCCCCUCCCCCCUCCCUGCCGUCCUCCUCCCUGCCGCCCUCCGCCACCUCAGACACCGACAUCUCGGAUCUCUGGCUGCGUAGCCCGCGCCAUGGUUCUGCCAUGGGCGCUGCUGCUGCUGCUGCCGCCACCACUGCAGCAGCCGCAGCUGCGGCGGCGGCAUUCCGGCUGCCAGCGGAAUCCCCACCACUCUCCGACGUCCCAUCUGACAUCAGCUCCCCAGUAUCCCCGCAGCGGCCACAGCGGCUGCGCCAACCGCGGGAGGCAGCCCCGCUGCAAGGCAGUAGUGGUAGCGGCAACGGUGACGGCGGCGCCGCUGCCAAAGCGGCGGCGCUCCACAGCAACGCUGUGGAGGCUCAUCGGGCAGACCUGCGUGCGAGUGAGGAGGAAUUCCAGCGCCGGCGCUCUCGCAUCCUCGGCCUGUCCACCGCCGCCUCUGCUGCUGCUGCCGCUGCGGCUCCCACCGCCACCGUCACAACCACAACCACGGGGUCCGCUCUGGCGGCGUCAACUGCGGCCACCAGCGGCAGC